AAUCAUUCACUCCGUGAACUUCAUGUAUUCCAAUCUGCACAUGCCGAAUUAAACUCGUAAUCAGUGCUAUAAAUAUAAGAGUUUCUUGUGGAAAACAAUAAGUGGCAGUGCCUAAGAUGGCAGUUUUCAUAACAGCGAAGUCUUUUGCCCCUGUCCUCCGGCAAACCCUGAAACAAGUGCUAGCGAGUUGUGAAGCUGCACGUUUUCAGUCUCACGGCCGGCUUGUACAGUGUAUCGUUCCCAAUUAUACACAACAUCGUUUCUACGCCGAAAAGAAAGUCUUUUCGCGGACAAAGCCACAUUGUAAUGUAGGAACCAUUGGCCAUGUUGAUCAUGGCAAGACCACCCUCACAGCAGCCAUUACCAAAGUUCUAUCAGAGAAAAAACUUGCUGAUGCUAAAGGAUAUGCAGAUAUUGACAACGCUCCUGAGGAGAAAGCUAGAGGCAUCACAAUUAAUGUUGCUCACAUUGAGUACCAGACUGAGAACAGACAUUAUGGCCACACUGACUGUCCAGGCCAUGCUGAUUACAUCAAGAACAUGAUCACAGGAGCAGCACAGAUGGAUGGUGCUAUAAUGGUGGUGGCAGCCACUGAUGGUGUUAUGCCACAGACUAGGGAACAUCUUUUGCUUGCCAAGCAAAUCGGUGUGAAACACAUUGUUGUCUUCAUCAAUAAAGUUGAUGCUGCUGAUAAGGAAAUGGUGGAGUUGGUUGAGAUGGAAAUUAGAGAGUUGAUGACAGAGAUGGGCUUUGAUGGUGACAAUGUUCCCAUCAUCACUGGCUCUGCGCUAUGUGCCUUGGAAGGUAAAGAAGCCGCGAUUGGUUCCGAAGCGAUUCUUAAACUCAUGGCUGAAGUAGAUAAAUACAUUCCUACUCCAGAAAGGGAGUUGGACAAACCUUUCCUGCUGCCAGUUGAACAUGUCUACUCUAUCCCCGGCCGUGGAACAGUAGUCACUGGUCGUAUGGAGCGUGGAGUGCUUAAAAAGGGUAACGAUUGCGAAUUUGUUGGGUUCAACAAAGUCAUCAAGUCAACUGUUACUGGUGUCGAGAUGUUCCAUCAGAUUCUUGAACAGGCAGAAGCUGGAGAUCAGCUUGGCGCGCUCGUGAGAGGCGUGAAACGAGAUGAUAUCAAGCGUGGUAUGGUCAUGUGCAAGCCAGGUUCUGUGAAAGCCAAUGAUCAUGUCGAAGCACAAGUUUAUAUUCUCAGCAAAGAAGAGGGUGGCAGGGCCAAGCCAUUCACGUCUUUCGUGCAGAUGCAGAUGUUCUCGAGGACGUGGGACUGCGCCGUUCAGGUUCUCGUACCUGGUAAAGAGAUGGUCAUGCCCGGUGAAGAUUCCACCCUGAUUUUGAAGAUGAUCAGACCUAUGGUUCUCGAAAAGGGACAACGAUUUACGUUGCGAGAUGGUGUUACCACCUUGGGAACGGGAGUUGUAACGAAUGUACUACCGGCUUUGUCAGAGCACGAUAGAUUAGCUCUGCAAGAAGGCAAGAAGGCCCGCGAGAAGAAAGCCGCUGCAGAGAAGAAAUAAUUAAGCAUUUAAUUUAGGUUGUCAAUUCUUUCUGUCUCUUAGAGUAUGUAUGUUUUUUCGAAUCCUUAUGUUCAAAUAAAACAAAAAACAAGUAAAUACCAGGUUAUGACAAUAUCAGACAGGGCUAGUACAGUUUUUUUUUUGUAUUAAUUUUAUUAAGUUACUUUAAUUGUCGUUUGUUAAUAAAAGAUUUUGAAUAUUUUCGAA